AUGACUUCACUGUUGAUGUUGUUUUGUGUAAUUUUUGCCGUUUGUUGUUGCGAUGAGACGACUGACUAUUUGAUGGACGAAUCUACGGGAUACUCGUAUGAUCCCAAAAAGGCACUUGUUUCUUGCUCAUUUUUGCCAUUAGAAUUUUUGAACUGCAGUGACCCUGAAGAUCUGAAGGGCAAUGUCACUAAAAGAAAUGAACAGGGCUUUGGGUGCACAAAGUGGGGUGGUGAAAAAUAUGAAGAUGUACAGAAAACGAGUGUGUGGUGCACUGCUUUACCUGGCAUUGAAUGCUACGGCAACAGGACUUUUCUCAGAGAUGGAUUCCCUUGUAUAAUGUACAAUGGCCAUUACUUUGUGACAACUUUAAUUUAUUCAGUGUUACUGGGGUUUCUGGGAAUGGAUAGAUUCUGCCUGGGUCAUACAGGCACAGCAGUUGGUAAACUUCUAACUCUGGGAGGUGUUGGCAUAUGGUGGAUUAUUGAUGUUGUGUUAUUAGUCACUGGAGAGCUUAAGCCUGCGGAUAAAAGCAACUGGGUUCCGUACUUCUAG